UCCCCUUUCGGACUGAGGUACCCGGCCUGGUGGCCCCAGGACGUUCCCGACGCAUGGCGGAGUGCUGUGGAUGAUGCCCAUGAAGUUCUUAGUCCUUAUAGUUGCGCUGCUGCUAUGGCCUUCGUCCCUGCCAGCGUAUCGAAGAGUAACUGUGACGCCUGAUGAAGAACAAAACUUGAAUCAUUAUGUACAAGUUUUACAGAACCUAAUACUAAGUGUUCCCACUAAGGAGCCAGGUCGUCAGAAAAAAUCAAAGUCUCCAAAUAAUGUUAAUUCCAUAGGACCGAGAGUAUCAAGAGUUAAGGAGAUAAAUUAUACACAUGAUGUAAGUCCAGGUGACAAUGAUGUUUUAAUCAAUCCUGUCAGUGAAGAAACUACAACUUUCCCUACUAGGGGCUUCACCCUGGAAAUAGACAAGAAAAAACGUACUAAAAGCACAGCAUUCUGGUCGAUUAAACCAAAUAAUGUUUCUGUUGUUUUACAUGCAAAAGAGCCUUAUAUUGAGAAGGACGAGCCCGAGCCCGAGCCCGAGCCAGAGCCAGAGCCAGAGCCAACUGAACGUCGCACUGAGGCACCACAGCAAGUGCCAAGUGUUACUGAACCAAGCCAAGACGUCACCUCUUUAAGUAGGAGCACUGACUUUGACACCGUCAUGGAAGAAGAAGAUGUUCCUCAGCUCUCAGGUGACAAUGGAAUGGAUUAUCUUGAAUCACAUGAUGUGUAUAAUGAAGACGUUUUGAAAAGAAUUGCAGAUAUUAAUUCACAGUUGCAUCACAUACCUCUUCCUGAGAGCUACAAGCCAGAAUAUAGAGCGGACAUUCGAGCCUCUAAAGAACACCUAAAACGAAGCCUUGCUCUAGCAGUAGCAGCAGAACAUAAAUUAGAAAAAAUGUAUAAAUCCCAGAUGUUACCACAAGGACGAAGCAGUGGUGGAGUUUAUGACAUUGUAACUGUUAUUAACAUGCUGUAUAAUUCUAGAUAUAAAUUAUCUGAAUAUUUAGAUAUAAAAUAUGUUCCAUCAGAGAUGAGAGGGAAAGCUACUGUAGUAGUCCGUACAUUGAAAAAAAUACUAUGUGUUGGUCAUGGAGAAGAAACUCACAACCUCCUUAAGCAGUUAUUAAAUAAUAAUAUAAAAAUUUUACACAUACUUGAUACUCAUGACAAAGAUGAUUCAAGCUAACUGUGCAUUCAUUUGUGGGAGAAAUAAGCAUAUUAGUGAUUCAAAAGUUGUAUGAAAAUAUUUUCUAUUGUAGUUUACUGUGUUAACAUCUUUAUAUGUCAUGUGUUAUGAAAAAUUUUCAUAUGCACUGAAACCUAACAAUUUAAAAUAAAAAUUUGAUUCAGGA